AGUGCGCGGGGCUCAUUUGCCCGUGCGGUGCUCUGGGCAGGUGCCCCUGGUGUACUGGUGCUCGCGGUUGCCUUGCAAACGUGGGAGGCGAAAUCCAUGAACAGCAGCAGAGAUAAAAGAAGCACAUUCACAAGGGGACUGUGGCACCACAAAUAUUUUUCAUGCUGGCUUAACCCUCAAGGGCAUCAGUAACUUCAAAUGGCUGGGGCAGGUAGAGGAAGAGGGCGUGCUGCAUUUACCUUCAACAUAGAAGCUAUUGGUUUUUCUAAAGGCGAAGCACUACCUGAAGCAGCAUUCAAACCCCCGCCACUCUUUCCUAGUACAGACUGUAAACCAGUGCCUUUGAAAACAGGAGAAGAUGAAGAAUACAUGUUGGCCUUAAAGCAAGAACUUCGAGGGACUAUGAAAAAAAUGCCUUACUUCAUGCCAGUAGAAGAGGAACACGAAGCAAUUGAAAAAUACAGUCAAAAAUACCAGCAGCUAAGCAAAGAGCGUACGGCAUGGACCCCAGAUUGGAGAAGACUCCCAAGAGAAAUUAAGCUAAGGAAGAAGAUAAAAAAAGCAGGUAGAAAACCAAAAAAGGCAAAAGUUGAUGCAAAAGUUGAUGCAAACAAAAGUAAUGUGGAUGUGUUGAAAAAAAUUGAGGAGUUGGAAAAGAAAGGCGAUGAAGAAGAAAAAUCAGAUGAAGAGAAAGAGAAAAACAAAGAUAAAGAAAAGGAAGAUGAAGAAGAAGAAACAGCAGCAGCAGAAGAAGAAUAUGAUGAAGAGGAACAAGAAGAGGAAAAUGACUACAUUGCUUCAUAUUUUGAAGAUGGUGAUGACUUUGGUGCUGACAGUGAUGACAAUAUGGAUGAAGCAACCUAUUAGUUAAUAUGUCCUUCAGCCUUUUAAUAUUUCUGUUUAAAUAGUUUGGAGGUGGGCCAAACAACCUCAACUCUUCAUACAGCUAAUAAAGUUUGAAGGACUAAGUACAUACAUGGACUAAGUACAUAUGUACUCAGAAGAUUGGACACUUUGCUUUUAUUAUUUUAUUGUGGUGAAAAAUGGUAGACCAGAUGCAAUAUUCUGCUCUUGCUAAUUAUUUUGCAGACAGAUAUUUAUCACUGUAAAGUACUCUGAAUCUCUCAUAUGAUAUAUGCCAUUGUAUUGCCUCUGCCGUACUGGAAAAGAAUGUAUUUUGAUUGAAUUGUGCCUACGCGUUUGCACUUUCUUAUGUUCUAUGCAUUACGGGCCACAUCUUGGCCCUAUUGAAAUUAAUAGAGAAACUCCUAUGGACUUUGUUGAAACCAGGGCUUGAACCUUUUUGAAUACAUGUUGUUCCUGUUUAACAACUGACUUUCUAAGGAAGUUAUAAACUUUGGUAUUUGGGGGAUUGAACUAACACUAAUCACCGAGCACUUUAAUUAGCAUACUAACUUGAAGGUACUUUGGUGCCAUGGACUAACAAGGUAAAAAUAUAUUUUGAAAGGUUCUCACAUUCUAGUCAAAAAAAUUUUUUCACAUCAGUCAACCAAAAAAGUACAAUUUUUCAAAACUAUUUCUUGCUGAGUGUAAGAAGAGGCAAUGAAUGAGGUUAAAUUGCCUCUUAUGAAUUACUUUGUAUCAAAAGUGAAGUUUGGGGCUUAUUAGAGAACAUGUAACUGAGGUCAAAAUAUGGCAGUGGGAAAUUAGAAAAUUCUAAUUUCUAGUACUGGUUUUCAGAUAGUUUUCCUUUGAUGUUGAACAGGUCACUAAACCUCUCUGCCUUGGUUUCUCCAUUUUUAAGUAAGUAUAAUACUGCCUACCUCAUGAACUGUUGAAUUGGUUUGUAAAAUACUACCUGGGUAAACAUUGUUUAUUAAAUAUAUGUUCCCAAAUAACUAUUACAUGUAAGACUGGAGUCUGAAACAAAAGAAACAUGGAUCAAGAAAACCAUCUAUAAUAGAAGAGAAACAUGAUGAUGGUGAGAACAAUAUCAUUACUUUUAUUAUUUUUGUGUAUUUGAGUAUGAAUUUGUUGAUUUGAUCUGAUCUUUCGAUUACAGUAAUCCUAGGGGUUACUUGUAACAACAGUAGGUAGAAACAGCCUUUUCAGCUGUGUCUAAUAUUUAUGUGUAGAGAGCAACAUAUGAUAGUAAUAGGUUCCAUUUAAAAAAAGUUUUUUGUUUUUUAAUUCCAAUAAAAUAAAUAGAAAAUAUUUGAUCCUAAAAUCUUAAAUGUAAACUUGAAACUAUCAUAUUGUCUUAGCCAUGACUUUUUGUAUCUUUUGAAGUGGCUACAGGAAUUGUUUUCAUGAAGAAGUAGUUGGAGACUUUGUAGCAUUGUCUUUAAAUCCCCUUUAUGUGUAAGGAGAUUAAACCUAUUCUUGUGUGUAUUUUUUACUUUAUGCUUUUUUUUUUUUUCCUGGAAUACCCACAGCUGCUGUUUUCAAGGAAAAGAUGCUGAAGGAUGCUAAAACAAUACCAAUCGGAGACCUUUUUAUUUUAAUUAAGGUCAUGGCCAUUUAAGAAUUAAUUUCAGAGUAAUAACACAAAUGAAAAAUAGGAAAUGGAUAUUUUUCCCUAGGAUUAUUGAUCUGGACAAUAUAGUAUAACUAAAAGUCUUUUAUCUGUACUUUUGUCAUCCCCUAAUGGCACAAAUUGGAUCUGUGUUAGCUGAUCAGAUUGGUGCUUUCUUUUCCAUCCAAUGUUAUAAAUGCUGGUAACAUCACCAAUGCUUGGAAACUAUAAAGAUGUUCUCGCCCAAUGAGAAAUUGUUUUUCAGCUUGAAAAACAUUUCCAGUUUUUAGUUUAAAAAAUGGAAUGUAAGCCUUUUAAAGCUUCCUUUCUUGGUGGCUGGGGCAUGUGUGCCAAAUACUUUUCCUUGGUGCUGACUGGAUUCUGAAAUUAUAUUGAAUAAUCUAUAGAACACUUAUGCAAGCACUCAGUGCAAGUAGAACUUAAAGCAUGGCUGCAUUUUUUUCUGAUUUGGUUAAAAUGUUCUCAUUUUAAAAAAAUAAAGGUAAUUCUAAAAAAUGAGAAAUAUAAUGCAGGGUGUACAUCAAAUGUAUAUUUAAAUUUUAUUCUUAAAUGCUUAAUUGCUAUGCAAGAAAAUAUUGCAAAUCCUUGUAUAAUAAUUUGUUUAUUCAAUAAAUUGUUUUCUGUAUUGCACAGGAA